AUGAAGUCCCUCGUCGUCCUUGCGACUCUGACCACUGCUGUCGUGGCUACCUUGGUGCCCGCAUCCAAGGUCAAGUCUUCGGCCACCGCCUCUUCUAUCAUCAUCAAGGCCUCUCCUACCGUCUCGCCUAGCGCAGCCUCCCACAAUUUUGUUCUCGUGGGAUGCCUGAAGGAUGGAGAGAGCUGCCAUGGGGCGUACGGAGCCUGUUGCAAUGAAUGCCGCGCGGACGAGACUCAUGCAGGAGAGAGGGAGAUCCUGGAUCGAUAUACGUUCACGUGCUUCAAGCCUCGGGUUCCUGCGCAACGCCCAUGCCUGGCGAAUAGAGCGGUCUGCAACGGCCGUAACGGAGAUUGCUGUGGCGGCGCGUGUUACAAGAACUUGGACACCGGUGACCACGUCUGCCGCAAGAUCGAGAAGGCUGUCAAACAUACAGCCACCGACUCGUCUGCCAUUGCCACGACUUCCAACCACACUGUUGCUAGCUCGGACGACAAGAAGGAUGAACGCAGGUGCAUUGCCGAUGGAGCUGACUGCUCGGGUGAGUGGAACAGCUGUUGCAGUGGCGCGUGCUACAUGGACAGGAGCCGCGGUAGCCACACCUGCUACAAGCCUAGCAAUGGUUGUGUGGAGAGCGGAACGUGCGUCCAGAUGGCCGCUACAUCCUCCGGAGUCGAGACGAGAAAGGUCUUGUCGACCAAUAUCACCGGCAACCUGACUUCUGCUAUCGAGGCUGCCGACAAACACAACGCCAGCUGUGUAUCUGUCAAUGACGACACUUCGUCCACCUCCACUGCAUCCGCCAAACCCAGGGCCACUGUAGAUGCUCCCGAUGUCUUUGCCGCUCGCCAGUGUUUCCCCAAAGGCGCAAAGUGCUCUUCGUGGAAGAACAGGUGUUGCAGCGGCAACUGCUGGAGGGAUUGGAGCCGGGGUGGCCGUCAUACUUGCGCCUAA